GCAAGUUGAUUCCGAAAGGGGGCAAAUGCAGACCAGCAGACAGCCCCAUGACAAUCCUGGUCUACCUAGAAGCUUGCGAUUGGUAGCUGCCGAUCCCGCCUUCACAGGGUUCCUGCAUGACAUCCGGAGGGGGUUGUUCGCCUGAACGCAUACUCCUGGCUGCACUCAGCCUGAUAUACCGCGCAAUCAACCUAACGGCCCACAUUCCCAAGACUGUGAAGGUGGUAUCACACCCAACAGGAAGGCCUCGUUGAUUACCCCUUCAACCUGGGGUUGUAUCCGGAGUAUUGGCAAACCAAAGGAUCGAGAUUCCAAAGGAAAGUGUCAGCAUCGGUCACAAAAUUGGCGUGCGGAGAAGCAGCUCAUCGGGCAUAAUAAGAUGUCAGCAUGACCUGAAGGAGGAAGGGGAGGGGAGGAGAAUUCUUUUCCUGGUUCCGACCAUUCUUCUCUUCGAACCACCCCCAAAUCAGCCGGCAUAAGUGACGAUGAGGUUCAGCUUACUCGCUGUGGCCGCCGUGGCCGAGGUCGCCCUUGCUACCCCAAAACGCCCAGAGCCAGAUAAAGAUGGGCGGUACACAAUCUCUGCACCGGGCAUCAAGGCGCAGUUCAUUCCCUAUGGCGCCACCCUGACGAACCUCUUUGUCAAGGACAAGAAUGGCAACGACAUAGAUGUGGUGCUUGGCUACGACGAUGUUAGCUACUAUCCCAAGGACCCCAGCCACCCGGUGUACAACGCCAUUCCCGGGCGGUACGCCAACCGCAUCGGCAAGGGCCAGUACAAAAUCGACGGGGUGACGUACAACACCGAGAAGAACGACGGCGAGAACACGCUGCACAGCGGCACCAACAACUGGUCGUUCCGCUUCUGGAACGUGACGGCCUUCUCGUCGGACUCGAUCACCUUCUCCAUCCUGGACAAAUCCAACUCGUCGCUCGGCAUGCUGGGCGACGUCAAAUCGAGCGUGACCUACUCGGUGAGCAAGUCGACCUGGAAAAUCAAGAUGACGGCCAAGUCCCUGGACCAAAAGACGCCCAUCCUCUUGACCCAGCACACCUACUUCAACCUCGACGCCUACCGCAACCCUGCCACCCCCAAGAUCUGGGACCACACCCUCUACCUCCCCUUCUCCAAGCGCUACCUCGAAGCCGACCAAGGCGCGCUGCCCACAGGCAAGAUCCUGACCGCCGCGCCGGGCUCCAUCAACGACUUCGCCUCGUCGCCCAGCCUUUUGCUCGGCCACGCGCGCAACCAGACAGGCUUUGAAGGCAACUGCGGCGCCAACGGCGCCUGCGAGGGGUACAACGGGUACUGGCUGAUCGAGGGUGCGCCCCGGGGCGCCCCCGUCGUGACGCUCGGGAGCGCGUUCUCAGGCGUCAAGGCGGAGCUCAGGACGGAUCAACCCGGCGUGGUGCUGUAUUCGUGCAAUUGGAUGGAUGGCAGUGCUGAUCUCAAGAGCACGCAGGGCAUUGAGGGGGUGAAUGAGAAGGUGGUCAGGAGCAGCUGUAUCGCGAUUGAGGCACAGGAUUGGCCGGAUGGAAUUAACCAUCCUGAGUGGAAUCGCACCAAGAAGCAGAUUUAUGGACCGGGGCGGACUUACAACUGGGAAAGUUCAUGGACCUUUGGCUUGCUUUGAGAAUGUAGUUUUCGAGCGUGGGCAUUGUUGGCAGCUUGGCAUGGGACAGAAUCUGAAAGGAGUGGUCGAUCACAG